UCUCCUCAAACCCAAGAAAAGCAAAAGAGAAAGAAAACACAACCGGGAAGAAGAAGAUGGUUCCGAUCUCGGAAUCACAAUACUAAAAUUCUCUCUGUCUUGUUUUCGUUUCUGGUUGUUUUUAUGUGAAGCUGAGACAGUUGUGCUUUGUUUUGUGUUGGAAUAAAUGGAAGGUCGCCGGAGGCUGACGCUUCUCGAACAGAUGUCAGCAAGUUCGAACGGUAGAGCAUUAGCCGGAUUGAGCCUCGACGACGUCUUAUCCCCAGCAUCAGCACCGUCACCCAAACAGCCUCCGCCGGCGCCGGCCAUACCCGCAUCCAUUUCGGGUCGGACCCUGCUCGACAUUAUCCGCGACGAAGAGCCCAAGUCGUACAAGGCCCUGAUCGGAAAGAAAGACAAGAAGCCGUGGAAGACAUUCAAAGACCGUCUCCGCCUCAAGAAAGCCAGCACCACCUGGGCCUCCUCCAUCCUCGUCCCCGCCUCCGACGUCCCCGUCCGCCGCUACAGCAACCACCACCACCACCAAGGCUACAACCACAGCCGAGCCCGCUGCAACUCCAUCCGUUACGUCACGCCGGAGCCGCAGCCCAUGGCUGAGCCCGGGAACCCCAACCGUCCCGCCCCGAGCUUCACGCGGCGGAGCUCCGUCAGGUUAGCCUCGCCGGUGGACGACGUCGACUCGCCGCGGCGCCGGCUGGACACGGCGAUCAGCGAGGACAGGUCGCUCUCGGCCAGGGAGGCGGUGGCGGCGCAACAAGCGGCUGAGGCCGAGGCCGCCGCCGCGGCAGCUGAGGGAGAAGGAGGAGAAGGAAAUGCCGACACCGACACCGCCACCGGCUCCGCGGCUGCGGCUGAAGCAUCGACUUCGCCGCCUGUGAGGAUGUCAUUGAUGGACUUGUUGGAGGAGACGGACAGGCAGAUGGGGCUGGAAGGGUCGAGGUACACAAUGGGCGACGAGGACGAAGAGGAGGAGGAGGAGGAGGCGGCGGCUGAGGUGGAGGAGGAAGAAGCGGGAGAAGAAGGUGGGGGAGUGGAGUACAGUUGCUGCGUGUGCAUGGUAAGGCAUAAAGGCUCGGCAUUUAUCCCCUGCGGUCACACGUUUUGCCGGAUGUGCUCAAGAGAGCUGUGGGUUCAGAGAGGGAACUGCCCACUCUGCAACAAUUACAUCUUGGAAAUUCUCGACAUUUUCUGAAACUUAUAUUCCCAGUGGAGCAAGGAAAACCUGUACACAUCAGUCUUUUCUUACACUCGGUAUCAGCAUUUGUUUGUUUAAUUGGAGAUGUUAGAUUUUUUUUUUUGUAUAUGUUUGUGUUUCAAUUCUGAGUUUUCUGUUUUGAAUUUUCGGUAUCAAUAGCUUCAGGCUUUCGGUUUAUGCCUUGUUUCUGGGUUUUCUUUGGUGUACCUCUACUAGAUUCAUGACUUAAACUCUUAUAGCUCAA